UCUACUUUUAGACUGUUCAGACGGCUUCGCCCUGGAGGCCCCAGUUGCCCCUACCAAAGGACAUAACCUUGCACGUACAACAGCAGCAGCAGAAGCGCGACAUGGACAAGGUCUCAAAUAAGAACAGUAACGGUGCCACCAAGGACGGCAAGGACAAAAAGUGGUCUAUUGGGAAUCUGUUCCGUCGGAAACAGCAGUCAAAGAAGGAACUUGAGUACGACUCCAGCUCGGAAGAAGAUCGAAAGGCGGGUUUUCUGCCGCUGAAGAGCAACCGAACGCAAGCCGUAUCGCAGACGAGCACGCUGAAUGGGAAGAAUCGCAAGAAGCGAUCCAACAAAUUGGGAACAUUCGAUCACAUAGUCGUUAGUCAGAAUCAGAACAACAAUAGUUACGGUUUCAGAGAGAGCGAUAGCGUUAACUCGAUCGAUAAGUAUGUAGUUUCGAUGGGUUCGAUGGAAAGGGGAUCACGGUUGGACCGUGGAAAAACGAAGGAGGGUGAAGAAAGCGAUCAAGGGUCACAUAGAUCAUCAUCCAUGACCUGAUUCAGGAGCGAUGAUAGCUUGGGAAAUCAAAGUGGUGGUUCUACACAGGAAGUCCCGUUCGGCAAGAACUGAAAGAUAUUUGAAGCGAAUGUCAAAAGAUGGCGAAGGUAGUCCCGUAAGUCGCUGGCAUACGCAGCCCAUUUCUCCCAGCAUGCUUCACGGAAGCAUUCAAUCAGUAGACAACGUUCACCGACGUGGUCACCCAAUGGGGACACACCCCAGUCUCAGAAAUUCCUCUAGUCUCACCAAUGUGCCUCAUCACAUCCAUCCUCCGAAUCCCUAUGCUCAACCCCAACAAGUAUUCCAGGUUAACCCCUCGGUUACGUAUGAAAACAGUUUCUACAUUC